GUGGGGCCAGGGGGCCCGUGGGGGUGGGGGAGCCGCCGGGAUCCGGAGGAGAAUGAGCCCCACCCGCCCGCGCCGGCCCUGGAGCCGCUGGUGUCGCCGCCCCGCCCGUGGGCCCGCCCUCCUGGCCCAGCCCAGGGCCCCGGAGCUAUUUUGAAAGUGACCCUGGGCUGGGGCGCCGGGGUGAGCGCAGCGGCGCGGAACCAUGACAGAAGAUGACCGAGGCGGCGCUGGUGGAGGGCCAGGUCAAGCUGCGGGACGGCAAGAAGUGGAAGAGUAGGUGGCUGGUGCUGCGCAAGCCGUCGCCCGUGGCAGACUGCCUGCUGAUGCUGGCCUACAAGGACAAGUCGGAGCGUGCCAAGGGCCUGCGGGAGCGAAGCAGCCUGACGCUGGAGGACAUCUGUGGGCUGGAGCCAGGCCUGCCCUACGAGGGCCUGGCCCACACGUUGGCCAUCGUCUGCCUGUCCCAGGCUGUCAUGCUGGGCUUCGACAGCCACGAGGCCAUGUGUGCAUGGGACGCCCGGAUCCGCUACGCGCUCGGCGAGGUGCACAGGUUCCAUGUGACGGUGGCUCCAGGCACCAAGCUGGAGAGUGGCCCAGCCACCCUGCACCUCUGCAAUGACGUCCUCGUCUUGGCCAAGGACAUCCCACCAGCUGUCUCGGGGCAGUGGAAGCUGUCUGACCUCCGGCGCUACGGGGCCGUGCCAAAUGGAUUCAUCUUUGAAGGCGGGACCAGGUGUGGGUACUGGGCUGGCGUCUUCUUCCUGUCCUCGGCCGAGGGCGAGCAGAUCAGCUUCCUGUUCGACUGCAUAGUCCGAGGCAUCUCCCCCACCAAGGGCCCCUUUGGGCUGCGGCCGGUUCUCCCAGAUCCAAGUCCCACGGGACCCUCAACCAUGGAGGAGCGUGUGGCCCAGGAAGCCCUGGAAGCCCUGCAGCUGGAGAAGCGGCUGAGCCUCCUGUCCCCCAUGGGCCGGCCAGGCAGUGGAGGGGAUGACCGCAGCCUGUCCAGCUCUUCCUCGGAGGCCAGCCACUUGGACGUCAGCGCCAGCAGCCGGCUCACCUCGUGGCCAGAGCAGUCCCUGUCAUCGGCCAGCACGUCGAAGGAGGGGCCUAGGCCAGCAGCUGCCCAGGGCCCUGGGGAAGCCAUGCUGGGCGCCUCCAGGCCGCCCCCCAAGCUGCUUCAGCCUCGGCAGCUGCAGGAGGUCGGCCGCCAGAGCUCCUCCGACAGCGGCAUCGCCACGGGCAGCCACUCCUCCUACUCCGGCAGCCUGUCUUCCUACGCGGGCAGCAGCCUGGACGUGUGGCGGGCUGCGGACGAACUGGGCUCGCUGCUCAGCCUGCCAGCGGCCGGGGCCCCUGAGCCCAGCCUGUGCAUCUGCCCACCUGGGGCCAUCGAGUACCAGGUGCCCACCUCACUGCGGCCCCACUACGACACACCACGCAGCCUGCGCCUGGCUCCCAGGGACCACAGCCCCGCCUCGCAGGGCAGCCCCGGUGACAGUGCGGCCGGGGACUCGGGCGGCCAGAUGUCUGCUGGGUGUCCCUCUGGCUGGCUGGGCACAAGACGGCGGGGCCUGGCGACGGAGGCCCCCCAGGGCAGCGAGGCCACACUGCCUGGUCCUGCCCCCGGCGAGCCCUGGGAAGCAGGCAGCCCCCACGCAGGGCCAGCCCCGGCUUUCUUUUCGACAUGUCCAGUCUGUGGAGGACUCAAGGGAGCAGCUGCCUUACCCCCUGGACCUGCGACAGCACAUUCAGGAUCCCCAGGACCAGAGAGGCCUCGAGGCGAGGCGCCCACUUACGUGAACAUCCCCGUCAGCCCCGCCUCCAGAAGGCAGCUGCACUACAUGGGCCUGGAGCUCCAGGAGGCCGCUGAGGGUGUCCGAGGGGCCGGCGCCUCCCUCUACGCCCAGAUCAACAUCGCCGCCACCGAGACAGCGCAUAGAGUGGGGGCCCGGCACGCCCGGGCCCGGGAGGAGCAGCUGCCAGAGCUGGAGCGGAGGAGGGCGGCCCAGCCGUGAGGCCGCAGCGCCCAGUGCUGACCACACCCCGCCGCCUGUGCUGCUGCCACAGCCCCGGCAGGCCUGCCCCUUCUGUUGGCCGUGGCCUGAUCCCCAGGGACCCCCAGACGCCAGAGAGGGCGUGGCUGGUCUCUGGGCCGUGGUGCAAACAGGAAGUAUCCAGGGCCCACGGCCAGGCCUCCCGCCUUGUAGGUGCCCCGGGCUGACCCUUCCUUUGGCCUGAAUGAGUUGCUCUAGAUCCCAGGCUGCCUGAGGCCCUGCUUCCAGGGGUCAGGUAGCUCUGGUCGCUGCCCAGGAGUGAGUUUGGGAGCAUGGUUUGCGGUGCCUGGGAUGCAAACUGCCCUCUCACCCUGGAGGUGACUGCCCGGAUGACAGCUGUGUCCUGGCAAAAUGCUCAUUCUUCACCUUGGUGUUGUGCCCUGCAGCGCCAGGAGCCAGCGCCUGCUCCCACUUCAGCACCGCGCUCCCGGCAUCCCAUCCCCGCCUCCCGGCAGUCCUGCCUGGGCCACCGCAGCCCUGUGCCUGGGACCCAUUACAGUCA